AGAAAGAAGAAGAAUUGAGUAAUGGCGCGAAAUAAGGCUCAUAAACAACGCUUUGCCUCCAAGCAUGCUUUGGCUGACAAGUCGAAGGGCCGACAGGUGCGUCCUGGACAAACGAGUGUGAAGGCGGGGACGUCAGCACAUGUGAAGGAACGCUCAAGACAGGCUGCGGCUGCUUUAAGGGACAAACGAGCGAAUGCAGCAAAUGAACAAAGGCGACUUGGAAGCGCCGACGGCCUUCCUCGUAUUGUUGGCGUUGUCCCCGCCAACGAGUCCGCAAACACAGAAGAGAUCGUGCAAGGCUUUUGCAAAUGCCUCAAUGUGGAAUUCCCUCACAAUGAACAGCCGUUUUCUGUUGUCUCCAAAGAGAAAAAGUGCUUUUUCACCUUUAUUUGCGAGAAAAACUGCAACGACCAAGAUUGCAUCGACGUAGCGAAAGUGAGUGAUUUUCUGGUGCUCACUCUCGAUUGCUCACAGGCCGUACAGAACACAAUUCGUGAGCUGCAGGAUGCACAAGGAUUUGCCGGAGACGACGAUGGGGCCGAGACAAUCGCGACGACGUGGUUCAGCGAUGUUGGUUUGUGCAUCACGGACUACACGCGCGAUCUUGUCGCUGCUGUGAAUUCCCAAGGCGCACCAAACACUGUCGUGGUAAUUCAGAAUCUGCAUACCUUUCCUGAUCGUCAACGCCAAAAAGUUUUGAAGAUACAUCAACGCUAUUUCAGAUCCGUCCUUAACGAUGCUACCAAAAUUGUAUCCGUUGUGGAUGAGAAUGACUAUGCGAGUAUUCUUCGACAUAUCCAAGUUUCAAAGGUCCGUGCGCUGAAGUGGCGCGAUCAGCAUCCGUACAUGGUGGUGGAAGAUAAGGUUUACGAUACCGAUGCGCAGGAGUUGACAAUUCUCGGGUAUCUUCGUGGAUUGCCUUUCUCGGCGACGCAACUUGUGCACUUGACAAAUUACGGCACGUAUCAAGUUUCCAAAGUGGAAGAGAUCAUGAAAGGGGGCGAACGCCGACUCAUCGAGGCAUCGGAAGAGGCGCAGCGAGAGCCUUUGCAACAAGUUCAAGCGAACUCAACACUGGAAGAUGACGGUAUGCCAACCGAUGCUGAUGUACUCUACCAUCAAGAAAUUGAGCAGACGCGCAAGAUCCGCGUUCCUGCUGGUGUUUCGAGUGAUCAAGCUGCUUGGUACGAUACCGCGGAGAACGUUGUGGAGGGCGAUGCUCCUGAGCAGGAACACGUCAUCAUGGAUGACGAAGAAGCGUUUACAGGGGACGCGAUGUCGUAUCGAACAACCCAGACGGACGUCGAUUUCCUCAAGGCCGAGGAUGUGGUCCGAUUAGAGCGCAUGACGGAUGAGGAAAAGAUUGUGGAAAUGGAGAAGCUUAAGAAGAUGAGUGAAGAGGAGGCUUGGAAUCCGGAUAUGGUAGACACUCCCGUCAACCUUCCCGCCAGGCAGCGCUUCGCUAAAUAUCGCGGAAUGAAGAGCUUCAACACCGGAAAAUGGGACCCGGCGGAAAACUUGCCUGCGCAAUACGCGUACGUUUAUAAGCUGCAAGGGUAUUCGCGAAUUCGCGAAAGCGCCAUUUAUGCUUGUGAGGAGGGCAUGGCCGAGGUAGGAAUGCACGUAGCUUUGACCUUGAUAAAUGUGCCGCAAAGCGUGUCGGAAAACUGCAGCUCGUGCCUCCUUAUUGCUUCUGGCCAACUACAGCACGAGCAAAAGUGGUCGGUACUCCAUUUCCAGGUGCAGCGGGCAUCUGAGUUGGACGAGCCUAUAAAAUCCAAAACGCCGAUGCUGGCGCAUAUCGGCUUCCGUAAGUUUUACGUUUCUCCGCUGUUCAGUGACAUCAGCUCUGGUGAUCGCUCGAAGUUUGCCCGCUUUUUCCACGAAGGGGACAAGUUCCGCAUGGCUUCCUUUUUUGGCCCCAUCAGUUACAACCCCUGCCCCAUAUUGCUUUUCCAGGUUCCCUCGCUUGAGGAGCAGACUGAAGGAAACCCGCUGCGUCUCGCCUGCUUUGGUGGUGCGCUGCCUCCAAAUCCGGACACACUUCUGCUUAAACGCGCCGUGCUGACCGGGCGGGUUGCUGUCAUUCACAAAAAGCAGAUUGUCGUCAAGUACAUGUUUUUUAACGACGAGGACAUCAAAUGGUUCCAGCCUGUCGAUCUCUACACAAAAUUUGGCCGACGCGGAAAAAUUACAAAGGCGGUGGGAUCGCACGGUCUUUUCAAAGCGGUUCUCAACGACCAGGUCAUGCAACACGAUGUAGUUUGUAUGGAUCUUUUCAAGCGCGUCUUUCCCAAGUGGACAACUGUCGCCUUCAACAUGUCGGAUGUAGCCGAUGCGGACAAGGAAAACGAAGAAGGAGUCCAAUCAGUCGUUUAA